AUGACCCAAGAUCCUCCAUUCAAGAAGACGCAUCGGAGGGUGAAGACAGGGUGUCAGACUUGCAAGAAGCGCCGUGUGAAGUGCGAUGAAGGGAGACCGGCGUGCCAGAGAUGUGUCUCGACUGGCCGGGUCUGUGACGGGUACGGCAUAUGGGUCCGCAGUAAACAGAUGCAGUCCCUACAGAAGGUUGUCGUCAUGUCGCAGAGACGCACGAUCGCGGGUCAGCCCGCAAGCCUCGGGUUUGAGUACUUUCGGAGAUAUACUACCACUAAGCUUCCCGGCCUGUUCGAAUCCGGGUUCUGGGAUUCUUUAGUGCUACAGGCAAGCGAGCAGGAACCGGCUGUCCUGCAUGCUGUCACGGCACUAGGUGCGGCACACAAGAAUGAGGAGCGCAUCUCAUUGACCGAAUAUAACAAAGCCAUCCGACACCUACGACGGAGCCUCAAUCGCUCCGACAAAGAGGCUCUCCGGGUGUGUCUCAUCACUUGCAUGCUCUUUGUAUGUAUUGAGUUGCUGAGAGGGGGCUUCAAAGCCGGACAUGCGCAUCUGAGCAAUGGCCUUCGCAUUCUUCGCGAGAUCCAGCGGCGCGAAGGAGUCACUACCUCUGACGGAGACAUCAUCCUGAGAUCACAUGCAGUAUCAGUCGAGGAUACCCUUGUCGAAGUCUUCUCACGACUUAACGUGCAAAUUGCGCUCUUCGGCCAAGUCUCUUCAUACCUGCUUUUUGUGGGAGAUAGCGCCGAGACGUCCGGGACGUACGACAUUCCUCUGAUGUUUUCAUCCCUUCGAGAAGCGCGGAAGUAUCUUGAUGCUCUGAUCAACGGGUCACACGUUCUUGGGGAGCAAGCAAGUCGGCUUCUUCUAAGUCGACAACCCAUCCCAGAAAAACUAUAUCAGAGCCAAGGACGCCUGGAGGCCGCGUUGAUGAAAUGGCUUCGCGCUUUGGACUCCAGUCACGAUGAGUUUACGGGACGAGCAGACUUUCGCACCAGGUUCGCCAUACCUAUGCUGCUUCUAUAUCACACUAUGACAAGGAUCAUGGCGGCCACUGCGCUGCGUGGGACAGACGAAAUGAUAUACGACCGCUAUCUGCCGGAUUUCUCUCUUCUGAUCAAGCAGUCGUCUGAUCUCUGGAAUUUUAUGCGAUCUGAGCUAAGGAAAUCCUUUGGUUUGAGAGGAACAAAUAAACCUGACAUCAAUUUCACCAUCGAUAUGGGCUUCAUACCACCACUCUACUAUGCGCUUGCUAAAUGCCGUCAGCCAAAUCUUCGCAGGAAGGUUCUCGAGCUGCUGAAAGAAGUUCCGCAUCGUGAAGGCGCCUGGGACGGAUUCACAGUCAUCAAUAUGGGCGACAUGCUGAUUGGACUUGAAGAAAAUGGCAUGUAUGAAGGAAUGGAGAUUGUGCCGAGCUACAACUUGCCAGAUCCGUCAGUAGCGGAAGUAUUGCCAACCAUCCCAGCAUUACAACGAUUCAAUAAUAUCAAUGUAGCGCUACCCGACUUUGAGAACGGCAAGGCCACAUUGUUUGGUAGGCGAUACAAUGGGGAUGGGAAGUGGGAGUCAAAAAUUGUCCAGUUUAAUUCGGCUUUCCAGAAACUCAAUCCAUACUCGUGGGAAUGCUUCGACAAUACACCCUCCUGCGUGUGA